AGAUGAACGCUGGUACUAAAUGUUUCCUCAGGAGCUGGCACAGAAAAUCAAGGGCUACCAGGAGCAGAUCGCGUCUUUGAAUUCCAAAUGCAAGAUGCUAAUGAUGAAGGCCAAGCAUGCCACCAUGCUGCUGACAGUGACAGAGGUUGAGGGGCUGGCGGAAGGGAUGGAGGAUCUGGACCGAGAGCUCCUCCCCACGUCUUCGGCUCACCCCUCCUUGGUCAUGAUGACUGCAGGUCGCUGUCACACUUUGCUGUCACCUGUCACUGAAGAAUCUGGGGAGGAGGGAACCAACAGUGAGAUUUCUUCUCCACCUGCCUGUCGCUCCCCUUCACCUGUGGCUAACACAGAGGCUUCUGUUAACCAGGACAUUGCCUAUUACCAAGCCCUGUCUGCUGAGAGGUUGCAGUCAGAUGCUGCAAAGAUUCCUCCCAGCCCCACUGCAUCCCAGGAGCUCUAUGAGCCUGGACUGGAGUCAUCGGCUACUGCCAAGCUGGGAGACUUACAACGUUCUUGGGAAACCUUAAAAAAUGUGAUCAGUGAAAAGCAGCGGACCUUCUAUGAAGCUUUGGAAUGCCAGCAGAAGUACCAGGACUCUCUCCAGUCCAUCUCCACGAAAAUGGAGGCCAUGGAGAUGAAGCUGAGCGAGAGCCUCCAGCCAGACAGGAGUCCAGAAAGCCAGAUGGCCGAGCAUCAGGCCCUGAUGGACGAGGUUCAGAUGCUCCAAGAUGAAAUCAACUGGCUUCAAGCGUCUCUCGCAGAGGAACUGGUGUCUGAGUCUCAGGAGUCCGACCCCGCAGAGCAGCUGGCCCUGCAGUCCACACUCACUGUCCUGGCGGAGCGGAUGUCUACCAUUAGGAUGAAAGCAGCGGGGAAGCGGCAGCUGUUGGAGGAAAAGCUGAAUGAUCAGCUGGAAGAACAGAGACAGGAGCAGGCUCUUCAGAGGUAUCGCUGUGAGGCAGAUGAACUAGACCACUGGCUUCUGAGCAUGAAGGCUACCCUGGACAUUGCGCUUGGCACACCCAAGGAGCCCAUGGACAUAGAGGCCCAGUUGGUGGACUGUCAGAACAUGCUGGUGGAAAUAGAACAGAAGGUGGUGGCCUUGUCACAGCUGUCCGUGCACAAUGAAAACCUGCUCCUGGAGGGCAAGGCUCACACCAAGGACGAGGCAGAGCAGCUGGCGGUGAAGCUGAGGGUGCUCAAGGGGAGCCUCCUGGAGCUGCAGCAGGCCCUGCAUGAUAGGCAGCACAACAUGCAG